AUGGGUGAUCAUUUCAACUAUUACAAUGCGGCGGCUCGACGCUCAAACACACUCUAUGGUGUGCACACAGCCUCUUACAGCUUGGUCGGUGGGCGCACUGCUGAGCGGCACGGGAAUAAGAUGAUCCGAGCGCUCCCCGCCAAUCACCUGCAAUCCAUCCAAACCAAAUUCUUCCAAAUAAGUCUCGUAUUUUCAAUCUGA